AUGACUUCCAGCUCCAUACCUUCAACCGCCACCGUGGUUGACUUUAUCUGUUUGUUCACACACGAUUUGAAGAGAAAACAGAAGCGCUGGCAGGAUGGCGUUCUAAAAUACCACACAUUCAACAAGCGGGUGAUGGUAUAUGAUGAUAGAAAUCACUUCAUUGGCGAUGCUCAUUGGCAGGGAGGUGGCGAUCUCGAGCCUGGUGAUGAGUUUGAGCUUGAUCGCGGCUCUGCCAUCGUGCAGGUUUCAGACUGUACCGGAACACGAGAACAGGAUUUAACAGAAUUGCUGGAUAAGCGUGUAAAAGAAGUCGAAAAGAGACGAUCAAAUGCUGGUACAAGGACACCGGGAUCGACCGCAACAAUUGCUCAAACCCCGAGAAACGACCAGAGUACACCCCAUUUCCAACUUCGACACCGUCCGCUCAACGAUCUGGUUGGGGGUACAACUAGAAUCGGGAGAGCUGUUGUAUCCCCUCAUUCACCGUACCAAAUUCGCAAGAUGGCCGAGAGCCCCGUUCAGCAACAAGAUUCACCUUCAGAGGAUGCGCGCCCGUCGAAGAGAAGAAGGCACGAAGAGUCACCCCCGAGCAAAAUGGGGCAUGCUCGUGCCCUCUUCGGGACGACAUUGACUUUGACACCUUUUUCGUCUUCAGUCUCGACGUCUCGGAGUCAAGCAUUACCUGUUAAGACAAUCAUGAAACCCAAGCAUACAUCAACAAGCACAAGGGUUGACCUACUGGACGUUUCCAAACGAACUGGUACAAGUACAGAACAAACCUGUUCUCCAGAUCCUGAAGAGCCGGAGACUCGUGCCCCUCGUCAGACAGCACCUCGCCCAGUGUUCGCACAACGAGCUUCGCUGAGAGAACUACUGGCAGGGAAUGAGCAGAACUGGAACGGAGAACAUCCUCGACCAAGAGAGACUAUGCCGAAAAAUCGUCCAUAUAUACCAGAGAAAGCAAGACCCUUUUCAGCACAAAAUCAAGACAAUAUUGUUUCACUUCUUACACAAACCGAACAACCGGAGUGUCUUGACAAUGUAAAUCAAAACAUCCCAUGCUUUGCUAGUACUCAGGAAGAAUCUGGAGUCGACAAAACGUCCAAGCCCCCGCCCCCCACAACAGUAAACGAAGAUAUGAGUAUAUCAGGCCGAGACCGAAAGCAGUCAGCAGAGAUCAAUGACGACGCGUUUCUUAGCUGGCUUGCACAGGACGAGGGUGCUUCAGCUGACCAGCAAACACCAGCAGCUCCAAUAAAUUCCCGCCUCCAACGCUUAAAAACGCCUGGGAGUGAUAAAAGUACAAUAUGUCAGGAGACCGUGGAAGAAAUGAAUCACACGGUAGUCCAAAACCCAAUCCAGAUCGACGAGGAUGAACAAUUCCACCCACGCAAAGUUACCCAGGCACGUCCGCGGAACCGUACUCUCAUAUCACCCAGGAAGAACCAGGCAACUGCCCCGAAGACUCAUGGCACUAAACGACCAUUGGAAACCAAUAGAGAGCCACUCGGACAGACUGGAGCAGCCGAACCUCCGUCUUCAAAGGAACCGAGAACUGAACUUCGUAUCAGAUCGAGGCAGCGUCGUGGGUUACUUAUGGUAGCGCAGAACAAGCAAAGUAAGAGAGUAGAAUCAUCGGGAAGAUCGCUCCCAUCUUUGUCAGGAACAGGAAGCGACGCAUACACUGCAGCCCGUCCUACUACUCAUAUAAUUCCCUUGCCAGAGGAAUCUGAGAUGGUCCACGACAAUACGAAAAGAACUGGCCUACCCUUGCCACCGGCUAAAGGGAAGGCCUCCUUCGUGCUCGAACGUAGCUCUGUUCAAGAGCCCUGUCGUAAAUCUGCCAACAAUUUCGACUCAGUGGUAGUGGAAAAAGCAUUGGAUGAGGUGUCGAAUAUGGAUCCAAAGCCGUUGCGAGGUCUGACAGAUGAAAAACUCCAGGAUCAUACUUUGGACGAUGUUCUUUCGGAGAAAGAUAUAACCUCAGUGACACCACCUCGGCGCACAAAUCCAAGUCGACGAAUACGAGAAAAGGCAGUUCAAGUUGUGCCCAGUGACAACGAAGAGGAAAUCGCAGCACGCAACUCCCCCUCAGGAGCUGGAGAUUUCGAUAGUCAAGAUGAAAACUCACCAACUGAUAUCAAGCCUACUCGAGGAUGUCAGUCCACAACCAAACCUAGUGUCGAGGCGGAAGCAAGUUCCGGUCCUCAGAUUACCAAGAUGUUGAGAAAGAGUGUGAAGAGUAAGGAGAUAAUUGGCUUUGCCAUACCAGCCGAGGAUUUUCUACCUACUGAUUCCGGCAUCGGUGGUUACGGUCAACCAAAUGCUGCAACGACUGAAAACAUGAACAUAACAGCCGAAGAUGGUUCGCAAGGGAGUUAUCUCGCACUCAAGAGACCAGGGAACAUCGCAAUUGCAGCGCACCCACAGGAACCCUUACGAGAGUCAUCGAGAGACGACCAACCACAAAAGAAGCCACUGCAGGAAAAACAACAUCAGGAAGAACAAACGGAUAUAGAACAAACUAUACAACAACCCCAAGUAAAGCAACUACCACGUCUAUCAAAUCCUGCCACCAGAGGUAAGAAGGCUGCUAGGAAACAGGACGCGGCUGGCUUGCCACCACAGACUCUGAUUCAACUAGAGCCCCUUUCAGCUUCGUCUCACAUCGUGUCUAGGAUCUCACUACAAAAACCGAAUCCUACGAGUGACACAGUCCGAUCAGAGCUACCAGGAUUUUGCAAACCGAACGGUGGUGCUUGGAGUAGGCAUGCGGAAGAUUUACUAGGGAUAACAAGACCCUCUAAAGCAGCAUCUCGAUAA